UUUCCAUAAGAUUAUAACAAUGGAGUCCAUAAGAAGGAGAAAACCGAGUCUGAAACCAAUUGAAACUAAGGGUAAGGCCACCGAAGCAGCUGAAGAAGAGCCAUUGAGUCCGUCGGCAAGGUUAUUUCACGAGCCCAACUUUAACGUCCAUGUUAUAGGUAUUAUGGGCUUGAAAUCAAGAAUCACUCCGCAAGUUGUCAAAGAGCAUUUGCCCCAUACUUUGCUUAAGCAUCCACGUUUCUCCAGCCUCCAGGUGGUGGAUGAGAAAAAAAAUGGAGAAAUGAAAUGGGUGCGGACAAAGGUGGACUUAGAUAAGCACAUUGUGGUACCACAAGUGGAAGAAAACCUACAAGAAUCACCAGACAAAGUCGUGGAGGAUUAUAUUCAAAACCUUAGCAAAACAACUCUUGACAAAUCGAAACCUAUGUGGGAUCUCCAUCUUCUUAAUGUCAAAACAUCUGAUGCUGAGGCUGUUUGCAUUUUUCGAAUCCACCAUUCACUUGGAGAUGGCACCUCUCUUAUUUCCCUUUUAUUGGCUUGUAUGCGUCAAACUGUUGAUCCAAAUAAGGUUCCAACUAUUCCUGGAAAUAAAAAGAGGCAGCCUAUUAUUAAUUCUUUGGGGCAUUCUACUAAGGGAUUGAGACGAUAUGUUAUGAAAAUUUGGUAUUUUAUGAAAUUGGUCUGGUAUACAAUGGUGGAUGUAUUGAUGUUUAUGGCUACGGCUGUGUUCUUGAAGGAUACAAAUACGCCGUUUAAGGGUUGCCCUGGUUCUGAGUUUAAUCCUAGACGAGUUGUUUACGGGACAGUAAGUCUUGAUGAUAUGAAGUUGGUGAAAAAUGCAUUGAAUAUGACAGUAACGGAUGUCGCUUUGGGAGUAACACAAGCUGGUUUAUCUAUCUAUCUUAAUAGGAGAUAUGGUGAAGGCAAGAAAGACAAGGGAGCAACAGAGAAAAACAAUAAUCUUCCCAAGAACAUCAGACUUAGAUCAACUAUCCUUAUGAACCUAAGACCAUCAGUUGGAAUUCAGGCUUUGGCUGAUAUGAUGGACGAAAACACUGAGGCAAAGUGGGGGAAUUGUGUUGGUUAUGUUCUUCUACCCUUUAAAAUUGCAUUACGAGAUGACCCAUUAGAUUAUCUCAGAGAAGCUAAGGCAACUAUUGAUCGGAAGAAAAACUCUCUUGAAGCUAUCUACACAUUUUCCACUUCAGAAUUAGCACUCAAAUUAUUUGGGAUUAAGGCAUCAAGUUCGAUAUCGCACAGAAUUAUCACCAAUACAACAAUGUGCUUUUCCUGUUUGCCUGGUCCUCAAGAGGAAAUUGGCUUCUAUGGCCAUCCUUUGGCUUACAUUGCACCCGGUUCUUAUGGACAACCUCAUGCAUUGAUGAUUAAUUGUCAAAGCUAUAUAAACAAGAUGACUAUUGUUCUAAGUGUAGAUGAAAGCGUGAUUCCUGAUCCACAUCAACUGGCGGACGAUUUUGAACAAUCUCUAAAGCUUAUCAAGGAUGCUGUGGUAGAAAGAGGUCUUUGCCAUGAGUAGAAAAUGUUGUUUGACAAUAUAAUGUUUAGCUUGCUCUUCUAUCUUUAUGGCUCUACUGUACCGUUCAUUUUUCUUGUAAGAAAGUAUCUUGUUGACAAUAAUAUAGAAACCAUAAUGCUACUAAACAA